AUGGCAUACCCAGUUCUCCCUCGCAUUUUCGAUGUCAAUGGCCAGGCGGUCUACCACAGUCUAGAUGCAGUUGACCAAGGCGUCUUUGAUACACUGACUACCAAGACUGAUAGGAACAGAUUUCUAGAAAUGAUCACACAUUGGCUGAAUGCAGCUGUGAGACAAGCGGAAGCACCUCCAGGGAAUGGUCGAGCUAUCGCAAAGAGAUGGAACACGCGCGGUUAUCGUAUAAAAAAGCCCUCAAGGCUCAAUGCAGCUCUACGGGCAGUGUCAUCGGGAGCGCCGCGAGCUGUUGUCAUCAUCCCAUCAGCAGCGCCUGUCGGCGUGUACGCAGGGCUUACCCCAAUCCCGGCUCCGCCCCAAGCUCCAGCAGGAGCUGUUACUUCAACGGUCGGGCCUGCAGUCUCACCACUCCAAAGUCCACUGGCCGAAUUGUCUCCUAGGUUUGCUAACAACAAUGACCCACAAACCGGUACGCCUUUGUCUCCAACCCACGGUCAGUUGCGUUUUAUCGAGGAUCAGUUCAACGCGCCAUGGAGGUUCGCUAGUGUACCUUUCCAGGAUGAGCCCGCAUACAAAUCCGUCUACAGGUUCGUGCGCCUUAAUGCAGACAGAGUCAUCGAAGAGCAACUUGCAGUCAAGUGUCUAGAGGUGUCGCACUUGGAAGAAGACCAGGUAAAGCGCGAAAUCCAAAUCAACGAUCUCAUAGCGACGACGCGAUGCAGUCACAUGCUGCAAUGCAAAGGACAUGGCUCAAGAUAUUUGAGCCGCAGAGCGGGUAUGCAACACACUGUUUUCCUCUACCAAGAAUUUGCUGAUUAUGGUGAUCUUGCGAAACUGAUUGAGGAUCACAAGGAAAAAAACAGGCAAAUCAACGAGCAUUUUAUUUGGUAUACACUGCGUGAACUAACAGAGGCGUUGAGUGCACUUCACGAUGGGAGGUGCCCGAUACCAUGCGAGCAGCAAGAUGCGAUGCCCAGUUCUGGUGACGACGAAAAACUGCCAUCUGAUCCAUGGAUGCCUAUCCUUCACCUCGAUAUCAAGAGCGAGAACGUCAUGCUCUUGAAGUCAAACCAGGAUUACCCAUCGUAUCCUAAACCGGUACUUGGAGAUUUUGAUCUUUCUUGCGUCAAUAAUGACCAGUUGAAGAAUCAACUGACCGAUGUAAAAGGUCCGAGGUUUGUUGGUACACCUGGUUGGCAUCCUCCGGAACGCUCCAGUGAAGCUUUGAUGGGUGAUGGCGACAACACUCAGAUCAAUCCUGCUUACGCGCCUCAUCAGUGGCCGGUUACUGAGAAGACGGACAUAUGGGGUCUUGGUCUAAUAGCCCACCAGAUGAUAUUCGCACACAAACCAGACCUCCAAGUCAGCACUUUAGGUAUGGAGUCUAAGUGGCCCGACCUGCAGGCUGAUACGCAGGAAAGUCACUUCCAGGCCAAGAUUGAGAGAACCACUGACUACUGCAGUCCAGAGCUGUACAGGAUCGUAGAACAAAUGCUUAAGCAUAAUCCCGCACUCCGUCCCAAUCUGUCUGAGCUGAGGAACACUAUCUAUGUUGAGCUCAGACGACACGACCUGGUCAAUGGGACGGAAGUGAGGAACAAGCGGAAGAGGGAUAUCGUCGAGCAUCUCCAAGUUUACCCUUCCGCUAUUCCUGAUGUGGCAGCUAAGUUCGAUUUAGGGCAAGUGUAUUCCCCAACUCGAAAGCGCUCCAAGAUUGAUCUUACCGGCACUGCACGAGCUCAGUACGAUCAGCUUGUCAAUACGUGGAAUAGCUCCAAUCUGAACCCGGACCCUGCUGCCCAGGAUGAGAUCGUAGACGCCAUCGACGAGUACCUUGUUCAACCAGAAGACCUCGAGAAUGCCGAAGACUGUGCUGCAAAACACCUCGUCAGCUGCCUACGCAAGCGUCUUGACCAAGACGCUGGUAAAUGCUACGUUUUAAAGGGGGACGACAUUGAAGAGGGACCAAUAGAUGAAGCCAUGUCAGCUGCUGCCAAACUACGGAUUCUGGAUAACAUCAAUGCCGAUUUUUGGGAGUGGGCCGGACCAAACAUUUCGCAGCGAGCGAGAGAUACCUUCCAGCAUGCGGUUGACUGGGGUCGAUGGCUGCUUGGAAAUUGUUCACUGAACGGUAAGCCUGCAGAGCCAAGAAGUCCGGCACUCGCAAAUAAGUCGACCCUGCAUCAAGAUGCAACAGAUGAAGCAAUUUACAAUACGCUUACUAGACCGGCUGACAGAAACGUCUUCCUGCAGAUGAUCAGAGACUGGAAGACCGAGAUCCUUGAGUUAUGCAUUACACCGCCUGCGAACGGUGGUGAGAUUCAGACGCGAUAG